UGAAAACAAACGAACUGUUGUCCCUGCUUGCUAAUGUUUGCUCAAAGUUUAGCCUCGUACUUUUAAUAUUUUCAUGAACGACUCAGUGACCGGGAGUCAGAUAUGUGAAGCAGCUUUAACACCAGACAUAAAAAGGAAUAAUUUAAACUCUCUGACGCUGUUAGGGUCGGUGUUGGGCAGCAGGUUAGCCGGGGUUGUGCCUCCAGUCAUCGGGAUCCAUGGCGGUCUGUGCAGCAGAGUGGGUCACAACUUGUUCUAACAUCAUCUUGUCCGCCACGGCACUGCGGUCUGCCUAUAAACUUUUCAAGGUUUUCCCUGAAAAGCAAAAAAAAGCCCUCCUUGUUGACCUCUAACACAGGCCGACAGCAUCAGCACCAACUUCAUCGCCACCUCCUUCUCUGWGUCCGCAUCUGUAAUCACUGCAGCGCACUGAGCAUGCUCUGUCUGAUGGAGCACAGCGGGGAGGGAGGGGGAGGAGGAGGCUUUUUUUUUUGUUGCAGCUCUGAGAACAAGCGCUGAAAACGAUGGAGCCCGACGGAGGAACCGGAGAGGCUGGAGUCAGGGACCGCCGCCGGCAGAACGGAGGACGUGUUUGAAAAGGCGAUCGGUGGAUUUAGUCGUCAUUCCCAGGGGACGGCGUGGAGAUGUACGCCUUCUAUUCUCUUUUAGUCUACAUCUUCUACACUGUGUUUAAGAAGGAGGAGGAGGAGGAGGGAGCAUGUGGAGCUUUCCCAGACGAGACAGGACCCGUUUCCAUGGAAACAGGGAGCAGGAGGAGAGGUGACCACGCCCCCAAAGCGGGGGGAAAGGCCCGCGCUCGGUUCAGUGAAUCAAGCAGCAGCAGUGAUGGUGAGGAACCGAGCGAUGAAGAUGAGGACGAUGCACCGGACGUCCCUGCUCGUACCCCCCUGGCCGCCUUUUUGUCUUUCAGACAAGAAGCUGAGAGGAGUAGAGCCUCACAAGUUCACCAGGAAACAACAGGGAAACUGCCAGACUCCCCCCUGGUGGCAGUCAUGUCCCACUUGCUGACCUUUCUGGAGCAGUACUCCCACUUCCAGCAGCUGCAGCAGCAGGCCGACCAGUACCGGGUCCAGCUGAAGAGGCACCGCGUGCAGCACCGCCGGCAGAUGAAGGCGCUGCGGGCCUCCUACCGACGGCGCCUCCGAGACAAGAACAGCAUCAUCAGCGACCUGGAGGAGGCCGUCAGCCAGCAGCAGAGCCCCGGCCCGCCGACGGAGGGUGAGUGCAGCAGCGACGCAGGGACACCAGCUGGGGUUCACCGGCUGGUGGAGUCUCUGUACGGCCUGCAGGGGGAGAGGAGUAAACUGAGGGGAGAGCUCCGUCUGCUGCACUCCCAACUGGAGCAGAAAGAAAAAGACAGACACGCCCGGAUACAAGCUUUCCAACAGCAGAUUGAUGAGCUGAAAAGCUGCAUAGAGGAGAGAGAGGAGGAGCUGUCCCGACUGAGAACAGCCACCGGGGCCACGGACUCGGAGAAGCGCGUUCUCUGUCUCUCCGCUGAAAACGAGAGUCUGAAGCAGAGCCUGGGCGUCACGCAGGGCCUCCUGCAGCAGCUCUCCGCCCUCCCGUCGCAGUCCGGCACCGCACUCGUCAAGGAGAACGAGACCCUCCGCGGCAGAGUGCAGCAUCUGGAGCUGUCCCUGCAGCAGCGCGCCGAGCAGCUUUCACAGCUGCAGCAGAGGAGCGAGCAGACCGAGUGGAGGAGAGGGGAGCAGCUGAGGAAGCAAGAGGACAGGAUGCGGGAGCUGCAGCUGGAGCUGGACAGAGAGCGAGGCAAGGAGCCCGCCGUGAAGUACGUCACACAGACUGUGGAAGUGGAAUCUGCUGUCACGGUCAAGCAGCUGACCAAAGCCAGGCAGAGGAACGAGGUGUUGUCUGAGAGGCUGUCCAAUCAGAGCGAGCGCUGCAAACAGCUGGAGGAGCAGAUCAGGAGGUCGGAUGAGCACAGCUGUAAUCUGCAGCACAAGAUAGCAGCGUACGAGCGAGAGAUCGGCAAACUGAGGGAGGAGCUGCUCAAGGAGAUCAGCCACCUGGAGGAGAGGAAGGAGGAGGCGGUGAAGGCGGCGGCAAGCUGCUCAGCCGAACACUUCCAGAACCUGCAGGACCAAUUCUUCAGCAUGCAGAAGCGUCUGACGGCGCUCCCCCCCACCUUACGCUCCAUGAAGACCGACUACGCCAGUCUGAGGAGCCAGGUCCGAAACUUCUCUGAGUUUUACGGAGCCGCGAUCAAUGAAGCCAAAAAACAGAUCUCAGCAGCUCUUAAUGAGAUGUCCGAGGCCAACAAGGAUCUUCUGGAGAAGUACAGGAAGGAGGUGGCGCUGCGCAGGAAGUACCACGAGCAGCUGGUGGAGCUGAAAGGCAACAUUCGUGUGCUUUGUCGCGUGAAACCCGUGCUGAAGGAGGACCAGCACGAGGACGGCCAGUCCGUCGCAGUGACCACGGAUCCCAACAACGAGUCGUCUGUUACGGUGCUGAGCAAAGGCAAGAGUCGCAUCUUUGAGCUGGACAAAGUCUUCCACCCACAGGCCAAACAGGAAGAGGUGUUUCAGGAGAUCGAACCUCUUGUGACGUCCUGCAUCGAUGGUUAUCAUGUCUGCAUAUUUGCAUACGGACAAACGGGGUCAGGAAAAACCUACACCAUGGAGGGCAGUGUGGAAAACCCCGGCAUUAACCAGCGAGCUCUGAAGCAUCUGUUCAGUGAGAUCGAGGAGAGGAAGGACAUGUGGUCGUACACGGUGACAGUCAGCUCUGUGGAGAUCUACAACGAGGUGCUGAGAGACCUUCUGAGUAAAGACGGGGAGAAACUGGACAUAAAGAUCCACCCCGAUGGAACGGGACACCUGCAUGUUCCUGGCCUCAGAGUUAUAGAAGUUAAAAGCUUUCAGCACAUCAAGAAGAUUUUGGCCACAGCUCGAAGGAACAGGAUCACCUUUGGGACUCAGAUGAACCAGCACAGCUCGCGCUCCCAUGCUCUGCUGUGCAUCACCGUUCAGGGUACUGACCUCGCCACCGGCUCCAAAACCACAGGGAAGCUGAACCUGGUGGACUUGGCGGGCUCAGAGAGGGUCUGGAAGUCCGGAGCAGAGGGAGACAGGCUGAAGGAGGCCCAGAACAUCAACCGCUCCCUGCUGGCGCUGGGCGACGUCAUCCAGGCUCUCCGGGCUCGGCAGACCCACAUCCCCUUCAGGAACUCUCGCCUCACAUACUUGUUGCAGGACUCUCUGGGCAAAGGCAGCAAGACCGUCAUGGUGGUGCAGGUGUCUGCUCUGGACAGUAACGUGGGCGAGACGCUGUGCUCUCUGAAGUUUGCUCAGAGGGUUUGCAAGGUGGAGCUGGGUCCUGCAGCCAGGAAGAUAGAAUCCGGCGGAGGACAGUGUGACUGAAAAUCAUCAAGAAGAUGGAUUCUUCUACAGCGAAGAUAACGACAAGGUCAGCUGCAAUCCUGACCAAGGGCUAAAAACAGAACCUCUUCACCAUCAGAACCCUUUAUCAACAAUCUGCAUGUUGCAGUAUUUAUUCUUCCACUCCGAGUGUCAACACAACUUCUGACACCGUUUGAUGCUUCCUCCAAUCACAGUCAGAUUCAUUUAACAGGAGAGCUUCUCACAUCCUCAGAGAUCAUCAGCACUUUAGUUCAUGCAGUAUUCUAUUAAUGUCUGUUGUUAGUGAGCCUCCCUGCCUGUGUGACGUGCAUUUAGAGGUCGUAGUUGUAUCUGUGCUGCAUAAUUCUGUAGUUCUCGUCAUGUUAGGCAGCCGUGGCUGAAUGCUCAGUUUCUCUUGAGUCUUUUGAGGACAGACCGGAUGUAAGGAACUGUGCAGAGGGUUGGUCCUUUGUAGACUAAAGAUGCACUUUAUUGUGAAAGAACAGGAGCAUUUCAGUUCAUAUGAUUGCCAUAUAAGUCACCGGUGAAUGUCAAAACCAAAUCCAGUUUAUUGCUCACGUCCGUUUUAUUUUUGCCUCAAUGACUCAAAACCAGCUUUUGUAUGGAAUAAAUCUUGUGCCAGCAGGAAGUGAAUUUGAAUUGCUCAGAUUGAAUCUGUAUGUGCAUAAUUUGAAAUUGAAUGCAUUGGUUUGAAA